AUGCUCCGAAUAGGACCUAUUUGUCGAUUUGCUGAAGAUAUUCCAUUGUUGGUCAAGGUGAUGGGUGGCGAUCGUGUUCCAUCUUUGAAUCUCGAUGAGCCUGUAUCAAUGCGAAAAUUACGUAUCUUUUACAUGGAAGGUCUCAGUGAUGUGCUGUUGACGCGCCCACUGAGCAAGGACAUGAGAGCAACUCUUCGAAAGGCUGUCGCCUAUUUUGAGCGCAAGUAUGAUCUUGUUGCUCAUCGCAUGGAUAUACCUUUGGCUCGUUCUGCUAUUGAAAUGUUCCUUGUCAGCAUGUACAUCAAGGGCGGCCCUAAACUGUCUGAAUACAUGUUGUGCUCUGAG